UUGGCCUGGCCGCUUUCUCCACCCGGCCGCACUGCUCAUGAUGCGCGCAUGGGAACGGGGCACAUGCUAGUGGUGCAGGGCAAAGCGGGGGAGCAUAUAAUAAGACGGGACGGAUGGAUGGGCCAGAUCUGCUCUCCGGCCUCCUCUCGACCUCCGUUUGUUCCCGGGGCAGGCAAGGGCGGCAGAAACGCCAUGGCUUCUCUGAUGGCAUGCCAUUCUUGUGGUAGCUCUCGGAUGGCUCGCUAGUCGCUAGCUUGUGACAGGAUGGCUGCGCUGGGCCGCGGCGCGGCGGCGGGCACCAAAGGCGGCGGCAAGCAGGUGGGGAGCAGGGUGCUGUUCGUCGCCGUCGGCUGCUUCCUCUUCUUCCUCAUCUUCCUCCUCUCCGCCCGACCCGACGCCGCCAUCGUCCUCGGCGCCCGUUCGGGCGACGUCGUCCGGCCGCGGCAGCGGGUGGGGCGCCACGGCGAUCUGCAGCGGAGCGCCGAGCAGAGCAGCGGCAUGGCAGCCACGGGACCCUUCUCUUCAGGGGUUCACGACGCGGUGAUCGGCGGAGCGGAGAGGAACGGCGACGUCGUGAGAGAUGCGGCGCCGGAGGAGGCGGAACGUGGGAGCAACGCCGCCGCCGCCGCCGCCGCCGCCGCUACUCCAAACUCCGACGAGCGAGCAGAACCACCGGCCGUCGAGGACGCGGACCCAGACAAAUCCUUGCGGGCCGCCGCCGACGCGCACGCGACCGCCGCGCAGCCCGCCGUGCAGACGACGCCUCCUCCGCACGGACUUCCAGGGGACACCAAGACCACGACGCGUGCGCAUCCAGCGGACCGGCAGCGGCGGCCGCUGUGCGACACCUCCGGCUUCCGUGCCGACGUCUGCGACCUCGCCGGCGACGUCCGCUUGGACGCCAACGCCUCGGCGUUCGUCGUCGUCGACGACGACGCGGACGGGGCCGAGUACAAGGUCCGGCCGUACCCGCGGAAGGGCGACGCCACGAGCAUGGGUCGCGUCACCGAGAUCGCCGUGCGGGCGACCGCCGGCGCCGGCGCGGAAGUGCAACCUCCGCGGUGCACGGUGUGGCACGCCGAGCCGGUGGUCGCGUUCUCCAUCGGCGGCUACACGGGAAACCUCUUCCACGACUUCACCGACGUCGUCGUCCCUCUGUACAGCGCCGCGCAGAGCUACCGCGGCGACGUGCGCCUCGUCGUGGCCGACGCGGCCCCGCGGUGGCUCGCCAAGUACGGCGCGCUCCUGCGCGGGCUGUCGCGCCACGCGCCGCUCGACCUCGCGAAGACCGCCGCCGCCGGGGAGGUGCACUGCUUCCGCCGCGCCGUGGUCGGCCUGCGCGCGCACCGGGAGCUCAUGAUCGAGCGGGAGCGCGGCCUGGACGGGGUCGGGAUGCCGGACUUCACAAUGUUCCUCCGGCGCGCGCUCUCGCUGCCCCGGCACGCGCCCACGCGCCCCGGCGGCGGCGUCCCCGGCCGGAAGCCCCGCCUGCUCGUCGUCUCCCGCCGCGGCACCCGGCUGCUCCUGAACACGGACGCCGUGGUCCGCGCGGCGGAGGAGGUCGGCUUCGAGGUCGUCGUGAGCGAGCUGAGCGCGGCCGGCGGCGACAUCUCCCGGGCGGGGCGGCUGGUCAACUCGUUCGACGCGCUUGUGGGCGUGCACGGCGCGGACCUCACCAACAUGGUGUUCCUGCCGCCGGGCGCGGCGAUGGUGCAGAUCGUGCCGUGGGGCGGGCUGCGGUGGAUCGCGCGGCUGGACUUCGGCGAGCCGGCGGAGGAGAUGGGGCUCCGGUACAUCCAGUACGAGGUGGCCGUCCACGAGAGCACGCUCAAGGACAAGUACCCGAGGGACCACGAGGUCUUCACCAACCCGACGGCGCUGCACAAGAAGGGCUUUACGUUCAUGAGGCGCACCUUCCUGAACGGCCAGGACAUCAUCGUCGACGUCGACCGCUUCAGGGCGGUGCUGCUCCAGGCGCUCGAGAACCUCGCGCAGUAGGUAGCUGUUUUUUUAUGCCGUGCAUGCAAGUGUAGUUUAUGGACAAGGAUACGUGUCCAUACAUUUGUAGAUGGAUAUCUGUAUUGUCACACACACAAGGCACAAAAGGUGACUGUAAGAAUGGUAACAGAAGGCUGAAUCGUCAUGGCUACACUCGUCAUACAUUUGCAGAGGGAUGGCAAUGCACAAUUAUACCGUGGAUAAAGCCCCAAACGGGUCUGGGUUUGAUAA